AGCGCCUCCUCCCCCCAACCCCCAACUCCAGUGAUUCAGGUGGCAGAAGUUACUAGUCGUAUACUUGGACAAGUGCUGUGGAAACUGGCUGGUUCGUAAACGGCUCCGUUUGAAAAGAUGCUGCCCUUGUUACUGACGACUCUGCUCGCGUGUUAUCGCCAGACGGAGGGUUCUUAUCAGUACCUUGCUGGACAUCAGAUCUGGAAGUUGGGCGGGAAAGAAAGUGCCCUCCCAGGGCAGCUGAUGGCCGACGGCCUCCUGGACAUUCUAGACCACUCCCGAAAGCUCCAGCAGGUUCGCGUGGCUCCCCACCACAUCGACAGAGUGAGCGAGCUCCUGCAGAAGGAUGGAAUCUCCUAUGAGAUUCUCGUGGACGACUUGGCUAGCCAUGUCGAGGGCAUUGAAAACAGCGAGAGAAGAAGAAGAGACGUUUCCGGAAACCAUCAAACGUGCACUGAAAGCCACUGUCCGGAGCCUCUGACAGAUGUUUACAUGAGAUUUGACCAGAUGGAAUGGUACCUGAAGCAGUUAAACGAGACCCAUUACCCGAACGUGAGUCUGUCCUCGAUAGGCAAGUCCCACGAAAACCGAGACAUUUGGCUCCUCCACAUCAAGUCUAAUAAGCCCGACGCUCGGGCAAUUUGGAUUGAAGGAGGUAUUCACGCGAGGGAGAGGAUAUCGCCCGCAGUCGCCUUCGGCCUAAUCUCCAAAUUGGCGACCGGCGAUGGCGCCAAGUACAACGACUUCGAUUUCUUCCUCGCCCCGAUGGCCAACCCGGACGGCUACGAGUACACUUUCACGGGAGACCGCAUGUGGCGGAAGAACCGGAGGGCCAACAGCCACCAGAGGAGCAACUGCUACGGCGUCGACCUCAACCGCAACUGGGACUUCAAGUUCGGAGUCGGCGCGUCGAACUACCCCUGCAGCGAGGUGUACAUGGGGCCCUCGCCCUUCUCCGAGCCCGAGACCAAGGCGCUCAAGGACGCGAUGCUGGAACGGAACGGCUCUCUGCUCAUGCUCUUUUCCCUGCACAGCUACGGGCAGGACCUCCUCUACCCUUGGGGGUGGACCUCUCAAGAGGAGGCGGAGAAUAAAGACGAACUCGUGAGGGUUGGUCAGGCAUUUGCCGAAGGAGCUCGUGAAAUUCACAAUCACGAUUAUGACGUGGUGAACUCAGCCGGGGGGCUUUACUACGCCUCCGGCGCUACGGAUGACUGGGCCUACAGCGAGACCUCGGCGAGGUACGCCUAUACCCUGGAACUCAGGGACAAGGGAGAAAGGGGCUUCCUCCUGACGAGCGAGGCAAUUAAACCCAGCAUCGAGGAAGUCUGGAAUGGGUUCCAGAAAAUCCUUCAGAACAUUGGCUAAGGACUUAUGCAAUACAUUUUUCGUACCAGAACUUUUUUCAUAAUAAUUUUCGUCCCUUUUCGAGAAGAUUAAUGAUAUAUAUAU